AUCGAAUCACAUCUCCAGUAGUAGAGGUUCGCGGUGUAAACUGAACGGUUGCUUUAAUUCACGCUGUUGCAUGUAUUCGUGAUUUGUAGCGGUACAUUAUUCGUGAUCAGCGAUUUCCUGUAGAGGAAGGCAUAAAAGUAAAUGUAGUCCAUAUCUCUACAUAAUUAUAUAUACAUAUAUAUUAUAUACCACGUACAUAUAUAAGUAUAUUUGUGCAUGUGUAAGUGUUGACUCUAACAACAAAUGAAACCUGGCUUAUCAACUCAGCACAGCACAAAUGGCGAACAAUUGAGACAUGCACGAAAAAAAUAAUAUUUCAUAAACUACUCAAAAAACCGCAGGCUGGAAUGUAUCCAACUUAUCACGACAGCAGUACGUUUAGUAAUUCCUUUCAACCCAUAAUACCUAUGUACUAUAUUACGUACAUAAGUUAAAUGCAGUAAAUAGGAUGACAACAUUCGGAAGUCUGUUGAAACACAAAAUUCGUUUAAAACAAGAAAAAACGUUAACAUCGGUUGCAUCGAAACUGGAAUACCCUUCACAAAUAUAAAUGUUUUCAUUCAACUUAAUUUGGAUCGAAUAAUAAUAAGAAUCCAGUUCGUAUACAUCUGAUAGUAUCAAAUGGCCAGUGCUAUACCUAAAAAGGACGUUGUGCGUCAUGACAAACGUUUCAGCGAUAUAGUGUGGGAAAAUUGUCAUGAAUUCUAUGAUAAAGAAAAACAUAUUGAUGUUACGUUUUUGUGGCGGAGUUAUCCUAAGCGUAUUACAGCUCAUCGAAUUAUCUUGGCCGCUGCCAGUGUUUAUUUCGACGAACUUUUUCAAACCAAGCAGGGUUCGGCUCCAGUUAUUUACAUUGAAAAUAUUGCACCGGAUGAAUUUGAGUUACUUAUAGUUUACUGUUACACGGGUAGGCUCGAGCCUAAAAUGCCUAACGUCAGUAGACUUUUAAAUGGAGCCACGAUUUUGAAGCUUGACGGCGCGGCUGCCCUUUGCACUGCUUACUUAAAAGGAUCGACAGAAAGAUCACGUCCACCACGCAUUCCAGCUUUGCAAUUACCUUCAAACAACCCAACAUCAAAUAAUACUAACACAAAUAAAUCUAUAUUGGCAGUGCGACAAAGCAUCGGAAAGCAGGAUACUGAGAGUUGUAUUUACCGAUGCGACGAGAUGGAGAAGAUAUGGAUACAGUGUGGUGUGUUAAAAUUCCCCACACAACGAGCAGUUUUGGUGUACUCAAAUAAAAGCCUAAUAACUCUAGGUGGCAUUAGCCCACAAAAUCUACCGAUGACUUGUGUGCACUCCUGCAAUUUAGAGACUCAAAUGUGGAAAAAAUUGCCCCCCAUGAAGGUUGCACGAGUUGGGUUGUGUGCUGUCAUCGUAGACGGCAUCAUUUACGCAAUAGGUGGAUAUAUGAGCCAACAGUUCAUUGCAACCAUGACUGCAGAGAAAUUUGAUCCUUCCACCGGCCAAUGGACUUCACUACCUUCUAUGUGUGUCUCCCGAGCUGAAAGUACGGCUGUGGCUAUUGACCAUCAAAUUUAUAUACUUGGAGGUGUUGGAAUCGAUCGUGAAGAAUUAAAGUCCGUUGAAUGCUAUAACAUCAAAACAGGCAAGUGGCGUAAGUGCGCAGACAUGCUUCAGGGACGUUUUAAUUGCGGGGCAUCCGUUUUUAAAGAUCUAUUGUAUGUAGUAAGUUCAGGAAACACGCAGCCCCCCUACAGGAGCGACGUAGAGUUUUACGAUAUGAAAACUGAUACGUGGUCACAGGCACCACCAGUCAAUAUAGCACGGAGUGGCAUCUGUGGCGUAACACUAAGUGACCGUUUGAUGGCCGUCGGCGGAUCACCAACAACUGAGUUUAAAGGUAUCGUCGAAGUGUACAAACCGACGCGAAAUACUUGGAUGCAAGUACGGCCUUUGCCGAGCAGCGGUAAUUACAGUUGUUUCAUAGUUCCAACAAAAGAGCUUCUUACAAUCGGUAAUAAAACUAAAUCACCACAGGUUAUAAAACCUUUUGGGCUGAAGUAAACACCUUUUUAAGCAUAUACAUAUUUGUACUUAUAUAUGGUACUUAUUAAGCUGAAGGAACUUGUUUGCAGAAUGUCUGUCGACAAAUCUUUUCAGCCAUAAGCUGUAUUGUGUUGAAAUGAAUAAACUUUAGACAAUAAAACGUGAAU